GGAGAAGAGGGGACUUGGGUGGAGGCACUCGGCCCCGGCCCCUUGGCCGGCCAGGGGGACCCCGGAACCCCAUCGAGGAGGCAGGUCACUUCCUGCUUCCUGGUCCCCGAGGUGGCUUCGUGGCCGGGAGUGCGGGGACGCCUCCUCUUUCUCUGCCUCCGGCUUCGAAGGGUGGAAACUGAGGCAGAUCGGGGGUGGGGCGAUCCGAAGGGGGUUGGAGACGGAGAAAUGCUGUUUGUGACAAAACCAAACUUGUUUGGGGUUAGAGAAUGAAGACUGGGGAGGUGCGGAGUAAGAAAAUUGAACUCAAAGACCAUGGGAGAUGCAGCAAAACCUUAUUUUGUGAAACGCACUAAAGACCGAGGAACUAUAGAUGAUGAGGAUUUCAGAAGGGGUCACCCCCAACAAGAUUAUUUAAUAAUGGAUGAUUAUGUUAAGGGCCACAGCAGUAAAAUGGAAAAAGGCCUUCCAAAAAAAAAGUUAACACCAGGGAACUAUGGGAAUACCCCCAGAAAAGGACCCUAUGCCGUUUCCAGCAAUCCCUAUGCAUUUAAAAACCCGAUUUACAGUCAGCCCACUUGGAUAAAUGACAACCACAAAGAUCAGAGUAAGAGAUGGCUCUCUGAUGAACUCGCUGGAAAUUCAGACAGUAGGAGGGAAUUCAAACCUGGACCUCGAAUUCCUGUUCUGAACCGACCCAGAAAAGACUCCUUUCAAGAAAGUGAAGAUGGAUACAGGUGGCAAGAUGGACGAGGCUGCAGAACUGUAAGGCGACUGUUUCAUAAAGACUUAACCAGCCUAGAGACCAUGUCAGAAAUGGAAGCAGGAAGCCCUGAAAACAAGAAGCAGAGGUCCAGACCUCGGAAGCCACGGAGGUCUAGAAAUGAGGAAAAUGAGCAGGACGGAGACUUGGAAGGCCCCGUGAUCGACGAGUCUGUGCUUUCAACAAAGGAGCUGCUGGGCUUACAGCAGGCAGAGGAGCGAUUAAAAAGAGACUUCAUCGACAGGCUCAAAAGGCGACCAAGAAACUACCCUACAGCUAAGUAUACCUGCAAACUUUGUGAUGUUUUAAUUGAAUCCAUUGCAUUUGCCCACAAGCAUAUCAAAGAGAAGAGGCACAAGAAAAACAUUAAGGAGAAGCAGGAGGAAGAGUUGCUCACUACGUUACCCCCGCCUACACCCUCCCAGAUAAAUGCAAUUGGUAUUGCCAUUGACAAAGUGGUACAGGAGUUUGGCUUACACAAUGAGAACUUGGAACAGAGACUAGAAAUUAAACGUAUCAUGGAAAAUGUGUUCCAACACAAGUUACCAGAUUGUUCUCUGAGAUUAUAUGGGUCAUCCUGUAGCAGAUUGGGUUUCAAAAAUUCGGAUGUAAAUAUCGACAUUCAAUUUCCAGCCAUUAUGUCUCAGCCAGAUGUUCUCUUACUUGUUCAAGAAUGUUUAAAGAACAGCGAGUCGUUUGUUGAUGUUGAUGCAGACUUCCAUGCGAGGGUGCCAGUGGUGGUGUGCAGAGAAAAGCAAAGUGGUCUUCUUUGUAAAGUGAGUGCGGGAAAUGAAAAUGCUUGUCUGACAACAAACCAUUUAACUGCCCUUGGAAAACUUGAGUCAAAGCUGGUUCCUUUGGUGAUUGCAUUUAGAUACUGGGCAAAGCUUUGCAGUAUAGAUCACCCCGAAGAAGGAGGUUUGCCGCCUUACGUGUUUGCCCUGAUGGGCAUUUUCUUCCUGCAACAGAGGAAGGAGCCUCUUCUGCCUGUUUAUCUAGGAUCAUGGAUUGAAGGGUUCUCACUGAACAAACUAGGGAAUUUCAACCUUAAAGACGUCCAGGAAGACGCCGUGGUCUGGGAGUAUGCUGACAGUGCCGCCGGAGAUGCAGAAACAACAAAACACGAGGCACCAACAGAAGUGCCUGUUAAGAGGGGACAGGCAUCAUUAAUAUUUGAUACCAAGCACCAGCCAUCAGUACCAGUUGGGCAGCUCUGGGUGGAAAUGCUUCGAUUCUAUGCUUUAGAAUUUAAUUUGGCUGAUUUAGUGAUAAGUAUUCGUGUCAAAGAAUCAGUGUCUCGUGAAUCCAAGGAUUGGCCCAAAAAGCGCAUUGCCAUUGAAGAUCCCUACUCUGUUAAAAGAAAUGUGGCAAGGACUCUAAAUAAUCAGCCCGUGUUUGAAUACAUACUUCAUUGUUUAAGGACAACAUAUAAGUAUUUUGCUCUUCCACACAAAAUUACAAAAUCCAGCCUCCUGAAGUCUCUGAGCGCUGUUGCACAUAUUCCUGAACAGUCUAAAGAAGUAGCAAAGCAUGACACGGGCGCACAAGCAAAAGAUGAUGAACCCAAAAGCUCAGUUUUGGCUCAAGAGUCAGGUGCUGCCAGUUCAGGUGCAAACACCUGCCAGGUACAGCCACUUACAGAGACUGCUGAAAGCAGAGGAACAGAGGAAAUGGGGCACAUGCAUGUCAGUGCCCACUUGGAAAACUCAGACUGUAUCAGGACAGGGGCCAGUUGUGAUGGUUGUGAGGAGGCUAAAGCACCCCAUCAAGAAACAGGAAGUAAAACUGGGAGUGAGGGCAAGCAUCCUUUGACUGCUUAUGAUCAAGGGCUAAGAAGUAGCAGAUGUGGAGAGCUCGUCCUCCAUGGCAGCACACAAAAUAAGGAGACAGAUAGCACUUUGGAUGUAGAAGACUUCCACAAUUGUACGACCAAAGAGUGUGAUGGAUUCACCACUUCAGAGGACAAGGCUGAUGUUGAUGAGGAAGGCGUAGAAGGUACUGAUGAGCUGGAAGAUGCUCUAAGCCACUUUGCCCCGUCAAGACAGGGCCAUACGUCAGGGAUCAUUCAUUCCGAUGAUGAUGAGGAGGAGGAGGAGGAGGAGGAAGAGGAGGACGAUGAAGAACCCAGGCUGUCCAUUCCCCAGAGGGAAGACGAGGAUGACUUAGCAAAUGAAGAUGAGUUAGAAAAUCCGUACACAGGAUCAGGGGAUGAAGAUGCCCUGUCUGAGGAGGAGGAUGAGUUAGGCAGGUCUGCUAAGUGUAACGACUUGAAAGAAGGUGGAAAACAUGUGGAUGAGGCUCUCCUAAUGGAAUUCAGUAAAAUCCAGCUUAAAGAAGAAGAUGCGUGUGAGGAAAAUUGUACUGCGGAUCAGUCAGAUUUCUUCUAUGAAUUUAGUAAAUUCACCUUCACCAAAGGCAAGUCUCCUACAGUCGUGUGCAGUUUAUGCAAACGAGAAGGUCAUCUCAAGAAGGACUGUCCCGAAGACUUCAAAAGAAUUCAGCUGGAACCUUUGCCGCCACUGACACCCAAAUUUUCAAAUAUCUUAGAUCAAGUUUGUAUCCAGUGUUAUAAGGAUUUUUCUCCAACCAUUUUGGAAGAUCAGGCUCGUGAACAUAUUCGGCAAAACCUAGAAAGUUUCAUAAGACAGGAGUUUCCAGGAACUAAAUUGAGCUUGUUUGGCUCCUCCAAAAAUGGAUUUGGGUUCAAACAGAGUGACCUCGAUGUCUGCAUGACAAUUAACGGGCUUGAAACUGCAGAGGGAUUGGACUGUGUAAGAACUAUUGAAGAAUUGGCAAGAGUCCUCAAAAAACAUUCAGGUCUUAGAAACAUCUUGCCUAUUACAACAGCAAAGGUGCCAAUUGUGAAGUUCUUCCAUUUGAGAAGUGGUCUGGAAGUGGACAUCAGUUUGUAUAAUACACUGGCCCUUCAUAACACAAGACUCUUAUCUGCUUAUUCAGCCAUUGAUCCCAGAGUAAAAUAUUUAUGCUACACCAUGAAAGUAUUUACAAAGAUGUGUGAUAUUGGUGACGCUUCUAGAGGAAGCUUAUCCUCAUACGCGUACACGCUCAUGGUGCUGUAUUUCCUCCAGCAGAGGAAUCCACCAGUCAUUCCUGUCCUUCAAGAGAUAUACAAAGGUGAAAAGAAACCUGAAAUAUUUGUUGAUGGCUGGAAUAUUUAUUUUUUUGAUCAAAUAGAUGAACUGCCCACCUAUUGGCCAGAAUAUGGAAAAAAUACAGAAUCUGUUGGGCAAUUAUGGUUGGGACUUCUUCGAUUCUACACAGAGGAAUUUGAUUUUAAGGAACAUGUUAUUAGCAUCAGGAGAAAAAGUCUGCUUACAACUUUUAAGAAACAGUGGACCUCAAAAUACAUUGUCAUUGAAGAUCCCUUUGAUUUGAAUCACAAUCUUGGAGCUGGAUUAUCAAGGAAAAUGACAAAUUUUAUAAUGAAAGCAUUUAUUAAUGGUAGAAGAGUUUUUGGUAUUCCAGUCAAAGGAUUUCCCAAGGAUUACCCCUCAAAAAUGGAGUACUUUUUUGAUCCUGAAGUGCUAACUGAAGGAGAGCUGGCACCAAAUGAUAGAUGUUGCCGAAUCUGUGGAAAAAUCGGACACUUCAUGAAGGAUUGUCCUAUGAGGAGAAAAGUGAGGCGGCGGCGUGAUCAGGAAGAUACCCUGAACCAAAGAUACCCCGAGAACAAAGACAAGAGGAACAAAGAGGACAAAGACAUUCAGAACAAGCACACAGAGAGGGAGGUGUCGACGAAGGAAGAUAAGCCCGUGCAGUGCACGCCUCAGAAAGCCAAGCCAGUGAGGACAGCUGUCGAUCUGGGCAGAGACAAGAUCCUCAGGCCACCAGUGGAAAAAUGGAAGAGGCCGGAUGACAAAGACUUAAGAGAAAAACGUUGUUUUAUUUGUGGAAGAGAAGGGCACAUUAAAAAGGAAUGCCCGCAGUUUAAAGGCUCUCCAGGUAUGUCUAAAUCAGAUUGUGUGUUUGGAUCCCCUUCUCCACCUAGCCCCUUGAGACCAACUGGCACCUUUGCUCAGGCAGUGCCUUUACAUGAAGACAAAAAGAAACAAAAAACAACCAUAUUUUUGAGUCCCCAGUCAGGUAGCCUUUCCAGUAAAUAUAUGACUCAGGGAAAAGCCUCAGCGAAGAGGACCCAGCAGGAAUCAUGAGGGAAGGAAAAUGCAGCACUCUAAGUGGCCACUUAGGCGGUCCCAUUCAGUUUGAAAUUAGGUUCAUUUCACAGGACACAGUAGUGUAGAUCAGGCUUCUGCUUAACAUUCAAGGGAAAAGUCAGGCUGUUUUUUUUCUUUUUAACUUAUUGAAAUUUCUAAUGAGGAAAAAAAAUUUAAUAGAGUCUUAACCUACCACAAAUCCCCAUAGAUGUAAGGAUUUUACCAGAAAGCCAUAAUGUAUGUAUUUAAGUCAGGUUUUAUUUUUUUUAAGCCAGAUUUAAAAAAAAAAAGGGGGGGGCGUAAUUGUGGGCCAGUAUUCAGUGAAUACAAUUUGAUGGUUUUUAAUUCUCUCAGAGCACACUAAAAAUGGUGUGCUGGUAAACCCCUAGUAAAUUACCCUUUUUUCCACCCAUAAAUCCCUUUUUUGUUUUGAAGAGGGGAGAUUGUAUUUAUUGUUGUUUACUGAAUCCUUGUGUGAAAGCAUAUCAAAUAUGUGUGCACUGCUACUACUGUAUUUACGAUUUACAAACUUAUUUCAGUGAUAUUUGUAGAAGUGAUAACUCGAACACGAGUACCUAUUUAUGUGAGCCUUCCCCGAGGGGCUUUGGUUUUUUUCCCCUCUCUAAUUUUAAGUUGACCUAGAAUUAACUAUGCUCCUAAAAAUGAAGUAAAGGAAACGAAUAGUCCUGUUUGCUGCUAAAAAACAUUUUCAAAGACAAAACAACAAAAGAGAAGUGCUUUUUACUUUCUAUGAUACUCCAGAAUUAAGGUGGAGAACUUUUAAAAAUCCCUGAAGAUGAAAGAGGCCAUCUCUGCCAAUCACAAGUUUGGUUGGUGUCAUUUUGGAGGUCUGACUGGAGCCCUCCUGGAACUGUUUCUCAAACUCCACAAGCCCUUCCAGAAGUAGUACGUGGUCAGAACUAUGCCUCGGUUUUGAAAUAAAAUCAGAAUUUCAACCUGUAA